GCUUAACGCAACGCAGCCGCGACAGAGUCACAAUGGAGAGCUCAGUUGAGAGCUGGUGGGUGCUGCCGAUGACCUUAAUACCGGCCAUCUCCGGCGAGCAACACGAGAACAUUACCACACUUCUUGCCAUAGCCACUAGCUUCGCUUACCUCGCCAUCUUUGCAUGCCUAGCAUGGGCAAGCGCGUCCCUGCUCUACUGGGCUCACCCGGGUGGCCAUGCAUGGGGCAAGUACUGGAGGGCAAAGGGGCAGAGCCCGAGGCCAUAUCCCAUCCCGGGGCCGAAAGGGCUCCCGGUCAUCGGCAGCCUCGGCCUCAUGUCCGGGUUGGCUCACUGCUCGCUAGCCGACGAGGCGGCGCGCCGGCCGGGGGCCAAGAGGCUCAUGGCGCUGUCGCUCGGCUCGGUCCGCGCCGUCGUCACGUCGCACCCCGACGUGGCCAAGGAAAUCCUCGACAGCCCAGCGUUUGCUGACCGUCCGCUUAACCACGCGGCGUACGGCCUCAUGUUCCACCGCUCCAUCGGCUUCGCCGAGCACGGCCCGUACUGGCGCGCGCUCCGGCGCAUCGCUGCGGGGCACCUGUUCGGCCCGAGGCAGGUCGAGGCCUUCGCGCCGUACCGCGCGGGCGUCGCGGAGGGGAUCAUCACGGCACUGCGCGGCGCCGGUUCAGGCGUCGUCCAGGUGCGCGGCCUCCUCCGGCGCGCAUCCCUCUACUACAUCAUGCGGUUCGUGUUCGGCAAGGAGUACGACGUGUCGCGCGCAGUGGUGGCGUCCGGAGAGGAUGUGGAGGAACUGCUCGAGAUGGUGCACGAAGGGUACGAGCUCCUUGGGAAGGAGAACUGGUGCGACUACUUCCCGCGGCUCGCCACUCUCGACCCGCAAGGCGUGGGUGCACGGUGCGCGGAGCUCAUGCCGCGGGUGAACCGUUUCGUGCACGGCAUCAUCCAGGAGCACCGUGCCAAGGCGAUCGCCGGAGGAGAGGCUUGUGACUUCGUUGACAUCUUACUUUCCCUGCAGGAGAGCGAGGGACUCUCCGACGCAGACGUCGCCGCUGUGCUUUGGGAGAUGAUCUUCAGAGGAACAGAUGCCAUGGCCGUGCUCAUGGAGUGGACCCUAGCUCGCCUCGUCCUCCACCGCGACGUCCAAGCCAACACGCACCGUGAGCUCGACGAGGUCGUCGGCCGAAACAACUCGGUCACCGAGUCCGCGGUCCCAUCGCUGCCUUACCUGCAAGCGCUGCUCAAGGAGGCUAUCCGGAUGCACCCGCCGGGUCCGCUCCUCUCGUGGCGUCACAGGGCCAUAUCCGACACGUACGUCGACGGCCACCUCGUCCCGGCGGGCACCACCGCUAUGGUCAACCAGUGGGCCAUCAGCCGCGACCCGGACGUCUGGAACACGCCGCUCGAGUUCCAGCCCGAGCGGUUCCUCCCUGGCGGUAAGGGCCAGGACGCGUCUGUGCUCGGCGCCGACGGCCGGCUUGUGCCGUUCGGGUCUGGCCGGAGGAGCUGCCCCGGCAAGUCCCUGGCCAUGACAACCGUGACCACCUGGAUGGCCACGCUGCUGCACGAGUUCGAGUGGCUGCCAGCGUCCGACACGGGCGCCGUCGACCUGUCGGAGGUGCUCCGCCUGUCGUGCGAGAUGGCGGUGCCGCUCGAGGUCCGCGUGCGCCCUAGGCGCGAGGUGUGAAGUAGGCUGCCGAUAGCUUUAUCGCACCGGCCGUGACUCCAAUACUCCACUGUGCAGUGUGUAGCCGUGACCCUAAGUUUUCCGUUAGUAAACUGUGAAUAAGCGCAGCUGGUAAGAGUCGUGCACCAGCUCAGCUCAGUACUUGUUUCAGAGUUUUAACUUAAGUAUGUACCCCAGGAUGUGAGUAUAAGUUUCCACAUGGUGUACAAAUCACAAAAGCUAGCUAUCAAA